AUGGGUGGUAUUGGCAAGACCACACUUGCUAGAAGAGUUUAUGAUGAUUCCUUGAUUGCAUACCAUUUUUAUGUUCGAGCAUGGACAAAUGUAUCUCAAGAAUUUGACACUAGAGAAAUUUUUCUUGGUAUUCUUCGCUCCAUUGGCGUGGUCAACGAUGAAGUAGAAAGAAGCAGUACUACUGAGCAAUUGGCUGAAAGAGUUUAUCGAAGUUUAAAAGGGAGGAAGUAUCUUAUUGUCCUAGAUGAUAUGUGGUCUAUCGAGGCUUGGCAGCAUGUGAGGAGAUCAUUUCCAGAUGAUCAUAAUGGAAGUCGAAUCGUGUUGACCACAAGGCUUGUAGAUGUUGCCUCUUGUGCUUGCUCUGGCAAUUCCCUUCACCAGAUGCGUUUUCUGAGCAUGGAGGAAAGCUGGACUCUUUUACGCGAUAAGGUCUUUGGGAAUGGUGGUUACCCUCCGGAAUUGGAGAAAAUUGGGAGGUACAUUGGCCAUCAGUGUCAAGGGUUACCACUUGCAGUUGUUGCAAUUGGUGGGCUACUUUCCAAGAUGAGCAAGGAAACAAGUUCUUGGGAGAAUGUUGCAGAAAAAGUAGAAUCACUUAUGACCAGUGACACUAUGGAUUGUUUGAACAUACUUUCUUUGAGCUACAACCACUUGCCUCAGUACUUGAAAACAUGCUUCCUUUAUAUGGGAGUUUUUGCAGAAACUCGUGAGAUUCCGGUCUGGAAGUUAAUAAAGUUAUGGAUUGCUGAGGGCUUCGUCAAGAAAGUUAAUCAUAAAAAUCUAGAAGAUGUGGCAGAGGAAAAUUUGAGGGAGUUGGUUGAUAGAAGUUUGCUUGAGAAGCUCAAAGUUGUGGUCAGCGAGAGUUAUCUGAUUUUUAGGCGGGUGGACCUUUCUUGGCUACACAUUCCACAUUGUGACAAUUUCCCACCAAACCUUAAGAAGUUAACAUUGUGCACAACAAACCUACAAUGGGAAGACAUGAACAUUCUCAGAAAAUUACCUAAUCUUGAGGUGCUCAAACUUAAAGAUGAUGCCUUUGACGGACUAACUUGGAUACUAAGCGAUGAAGAGGAAGAUGGAUUCUUGAAGCUAAAGCUUUUACUUCUUGAGAACAUGAGUCUGAUGCAAUGGGAAGCAACAAGUUAUCAUUUUCCAAGCCUUGAGCACUUAGUUAUAACAUUUUGCUAUUCAUUGGAACAAAUUCCUUUCGACUUUGCGGAGAUUCAGACACUACAGCUGAUUGAACUACAGGACUGUCUGCAUUCUGUUCUUGUUUCAGCAGAGCAAAUACAAGCGGAGCAACAAAGCUUGGGAAAUGAUGACCUCAUUAUUCAUGCGAACUAUAUUUUUUGA